AAACAAGCUAAUUGUCAAAUGCCAACGGUUUACGUGGGCGUUGCAAUUUGUAACCAGCGCCAUUUUUCUUCUCCGUGCUGUAGCUUCACACAGCUAAAGGCAAGACUGGUCACUCUUUAUGAUAACAGCUGAGUUCAAGGAUUGCACCACAAUGAAGGGGGCCAUAGCCAUGAUGCUGGUUGCCAUGACAACUGUUAGUUGUAAGCAGUUGUCGAAAAGAGCUACAGAUGAGCGGAAAGUCGUGAUUGUCGGGGCGGGCAUCGCUGGCAUUGCCGCCGCCAAAACUCUUCAUGAGAACGGGGUGGACGAUUUCGUCAUUCUGGAGGGGUCAGACCGGAUUGGUGGAAGGAUGAAACAGGUGGAAUUCGGAGGAGUUAAGGUUGAAGUGGGGGCCAACUGGGUGCACGGUCGUAGUAACAACAACCCAAUCUGGGAGCUGGUGCAGAAGUACAGCAUCUCAGGAAAGGAAUCCAACUACGAUGACUUCGUCGUUCGCAACAAAACAGGAAAUGACGUAACCGACCAGGCGGAGGCACAGACUGAGAGGCUGUCAACAGCACAAGAUUAUCUGGAAAAUUGGAGGGGACAGAUUCGCAACGACACACUGCCAGACGUGUCAUUGGAAGUCGCACUGAAACUGGGAGGCUGGAAGGCAAAGACCCCACUGGAGAGGAUCCUAGAGUAUUUUGACUAUGAGUUUGAAUACGCGGACCCAGCGGAAGUGACAUCACUAAACAACACCGGACGGGUUGCCGAAGACUUCUCGGAUGAGGACUACUUCGUCACUGACCAACGAGGUUUUGGACAUAUUGUUGACAGGUUGUCAAACGAGUUUUUGUCACCAAACGACCCCCGCCUCCAGUUGAACAAAGUGGUCGAGACGGUGAACUGGACGGAUCAUACGGAAGUAACGUUUACUACCACGGACGGGUCCAUCUACCGAGGGGAGUACGGACUCAUGACUGUCAGUAUCGGCGUGCUGGAGAACGAAGUUAUCGACUUCAUACCUGAUCUACCUGACUGGAAGGUUGAGGAGAUCUACCAGUUUCGGAUGGGACAACACUGCAAGAUUUUCCUGAAGUUUCCACACAAGUUCUGGGAUGACAGCGAAUACAUUAUGUAUGCAGGGUCAUUUUGGCCCCAGUAUGCCAUAUGGCAAAACCUUGAGGCACCAGGGUUCUUCCCAACUGGCACGAAUAUUCUGAUGGUUUCAGCCUUGGCCAACGAGGUACAAGCGAUUGAACUUCAGUCUGACGAGGAGACCAAACAGGAGGUGAUGGCUGUCCUGAAGAACAUGUACGGCGACAACAUCCCUGAACCGGAGAGCAUCCUCGUACCCAGAUGGCUGACUGACCCACUGUUCUUUGGUGCCUACUCCAACUGGCCUGUUCACGUGAAUACGCAAGAUUUUGAGAAGCUGGCGGCACCUGUCGGACGCUUGUACUUCGGAGGAGAGGCAACACACGCAAAAUACAACGGGUACCUGCAAGGAGGGUACCUUUCCGGGAUUGACCAGGCCAAUGUCAUCCUCAACUGCAUGCAGAAUGGAAUCUGCGAGUCUUACAAACCUGUCGUGAGCCGAGGAACGCCCGGAAUUCCGGCUCCGGUCUUUGUAAUCCUGGUCCUGCCACUGGUGGUAGCCAUGUUUCUCGGACAAAGUGCCUCGACGAUGAUGAUAUAUUGAAGAAAUUUUGAAGUAUAUAGGGGUGUUCUUUUACCCAACUAGUUAAUCUCACCUUAGCUGACGUUUCGAUGCCUCUGAGCUGCUAACUGGAGUUCUGCUUCUUGCCGGUAUAUGAAGCCGAUGUAGGUGGCGCUUUUGCGGCGAGAACACAACCCCGAUCGUGGCUGAGUUUGUACCCCCCUCGUCACGGUUCAUUUCUUAUCGACAGUGCUUCUUUGAUAAAGGGGGGGACGUACAAACUCAGCCACGUUUGGGAUUGUGUUCUCGCCGCAAAAGCGCCACCUAUACACCGGCUACAUAUAUAGCGGCGAGAAGCAGAUCUCCAGUUAAAAGCAUUACGGAAGAUGUCUGACAGGCAUCGAAACAAGGUCAGAUCAACUGGUUGCGUAAAGGAUAACUCCUAUAUUAUGAUCUACCAACCUGAUGAAAUUAUUUUCAGAAAUUUUGAAGUGUGCCAUCAUGGCAGUGGUUGCUGUGUUAGAAUGUGUAUGUUUUACAUGUCACAAUUAUUUACACGUGACUCAGCUUUUUGACUCACACAGCAUAUUAUAUAUCACAUAUUCUGGAAAUGGUGGUGGUUAAUUUUUUAGGCUCGCCCCUUCCAACUCUUAAACGACUUUUUCUAUGACCGCCAAAUUUUGAGAGAAUAAUGUAGACGUGAAUCUCCACCAUCUUCAUGAACGGCUCCCAAUUCUUGUAAACAUUUUUGAUGGUCUCAGCUGUUGCCUGAAGAGUUUCAAAUGUCAUGACCAAAGUAAAUUGACGAAGAAAAUAACAAAUUCGUAUGGACGUCGUUAAUUGGUAUUUUGAAAAAAAAUCAUGUUUCGUUUUUUUUAUGGUCAGGUAAAGCAUCUAAAAUUCAGUCCUAAUUAUGUUUUAAAAUGACAAUUGGUGAGAGACAAAAUGCGCAAAAGAGUGCACUUCCGAUCAAUUUUCUUAUUUGUGUAUUGUCAAAUAAGGACAAUAAAUCAGUAGAGUUACAUUUGUACAUAGAUAUGUUGUGACACUACGCUAUCACACCAGUGUCACGUACAUUAUUGCACUUCUUAAAUACAGGAAUAAAAAUACUCUG